CCGGAAGUGGAUGGAACCCUGGCCCGGGGGCGCUCCGGGGAACCAGAGGCCCUGGCAACGGGUGCGCGGCUGUCACUCAAAGUGCAGCGACCCCGCUGCAUCCGUCUGCAACGGGACAGCCCGAAGAGAGGGGAUGGGCACCCACAGCGAGCAUGUCCUGCAGCAGCUCUGCUCCCAGCUGGAGUACGGUUUCCUGUGCGACUGCUCCAUCGCUGUGGGCGACGUGCGGUUCCGGGCCCACCGGGUGGUGCUGGCCGCCUGCAGCUCCUACUUCCACAAGCUCUUUGUCAACCAGCCAGCCGACUCGUCGUUGGUGUCACUCAGCACACAGGCUGUCAGCCCCGACCACUUCGACCUGAUCCUGCAGCUGAUGUACACUGGCCGCCUGGACUCAUCGCCCGCCGACCCCGAGCGCUUCCGGGCCUCCCUCCGCUUCCUCAAGCUCUACAAUGCCGGGCGUUUCCAGGGGGACCGGGAGGCCGAGGAGGGCCCGCCUCCGGCCACGGGGAAGCCCCUGGUCUUUGGCGUGCAGCUGUACCAGGAACGGGCGGGUGGGGGCGGGGGCGGUGAGGGUCAGGAGCCUGCGGCCUACCCUCAGGCCUCAGUCUCGGUCAAGGCCGAGAGCCCCGAGGAGGCCUCAGAUCCCCAGGCCUACCUGUGCCACCACUGCGGCCUGGCCUUCGAGGAGCAGCGCGGCCUGAGGGAGCACCUGCGGCUGCAUGCCGAGCGACCACUCCACUGCCCGCUCUGCUGCCUGGCCUUCGAGCGGGCCCAGGGACUGCAGGAGCACUUGGGCAGCUGCCUCGGCCGCCCGAGCAGGCCCGAUCCGGCGGUCAAGCGGGAAGAUGAGGCGGAGAGACCUGGGCCGGAUGGCAGGCCUCGGGAAGGCGGCAAUGUCAAGGCCGAGGUGGGAGGAGGAGGCCGCAGGCCUUGGGCCCCGGAGGGUGAGGCCGAGGACUACGAGCUGGAGGAGGGCGAGGUGCGUUUCCCGGGAGACGAUGACCUGGUGCUGGAGAACGCCACCGAUGACUCCUUCAGCAGUUCGGAGAGCAGCCUGGAGGGGGACGGCGAUGGCUCAGCCCGGACGGAGCCCAGUGAAGAUGAAGGGGGAGCCGGCGGGCCUAGCGGUAGCUCUGCUGGCGCCGCCUCCUCCUCCGCCGCCAACCAGGCCCUUGCCCCGGGCCUAGGCCGUGCCUCCUGCCAAGCGGCCCGGCGCAAGGGCAAGGCCUGGAGGUGCCGGGCCUGCGAGGGCUGCUGCCCAGCCGAGGAGCGCAGCUGGAGCCGGAAGAAGAAGAAGCGGCGGCGGAGGAGGAGCGAGGAAGGCGAGGAGCCGGCAUCCUCCUCCUCCCCCUCCCCGGGCCUGCUGCUCCGCCUCCAGCAGGAGGCCGAGAGACCGUGGCCGGCCUCCAAGUUGGCAGCGGGCCCCGGGGCGGGGGAGGCGGCGGCCCUCAGCGAGAGGCUGGCCUGCCCGGCCUACGCCCGGGCCUUCCCCCGGGAGCUGCGGCUGCAGCUGGCCGGCAGGCCCGAGGGCGGUGGCACCCGCUUCGAGUGCGCCGUGUGCGGCCAUCGCAGCCGCCGCAAGCACCCGCACCUGCGGCACCUGGCCUCGCACCUGGCACCGGGGCAGGCUGUGUGCCAGGUGUGCUUCGAGAUCCUGGGCAGCAAGGCCGAGCUGCAGAGGCACCUGGAGAGCCACCUGUACUCGUGCGGGGUGUGUGGAGAGAAGUUCAGGCUGAAGAAGGACAUGGUGGCUCACGCCAACAGCUGCUGGGCGAGGAAGCUGCACGGGGGCGAGGCGGGCAGGUUUGGUCCCAAGAGCAAGGACUGAGGCCAAGGCCGGUGCGUUGAAUUGGAGCCGCAAGGGACACAAACUGCUGGAGGGACUCAGUGUGUCGGGCAGCAUCCAUGGAGGGAAGUGGACAGUCCAUGUUUCGGGUCGAGACCCUUCACCUGGACUUCAGGGACGCAGCGGGUUGAUCAGCAUCUGUGGAGGGACGUGGACAGUCUGUACUUUGGGUCGAGGCCCUUCACCUGGACUUCAGGGACUCAGCUGGUCGGGCAGCAUCUAUGGAGGCAAAGGGAUGGUUGACGUUGUAUUCAUUCAGUGAGGCUAAGACAGAGUGAUGCGUUUAUAUUCGUUCAAGGGAUGUGGGCUUCGCAGGCUGAGCCAGCAGCUGAUUGCGCGUCCCGAGUUGCCCUUGAGAAGGUGGUGAUGAGCUGCCUGUUUGAACGUCUGCUGUGGUGGGUUAUUACACCAAUGACUUGCUGGACCAUUUCAGAGGGAAGAGUCAACCACAUUGCUGUGGGUCUGGGGUCACCGGAGGAACAGCACCUCAUUUUCUGUCUUGGAACCUUGCAGCCUAACGGCAUGAACACAGAAUCCUCCCACUUUAAGUAAUCCCCACACCCACCUGCAGUCAUGCCUCUUCUUCCCUUUCCUAGCCCAUCUCUCUUCUACCCCCCUUUUUUUCCCUCCUCACUUUUGACCCAUCCCCCAGUGGAUCUGCUCUCUCCUCCCCCGCACCUGCCUAUCACUAUCUUUUGCCUGCAUCUAUCACCACCUUGCACCUACCCCACCUCCCCUCUUUUGUCCACCUAUCACUGCCCUGCUUUUCCCUCCUAUAUAUUGGGCUUCCCCUUUUCCUAUCUUCAGUCCCGAAGAAGGGUCUUGACCUGGAACGUUGACCGCCUGCUUUUCUCCACGGAUGCUGCCUGGCCUGCUGAGUUCCUCCAGCAUCGUCGUGCACGUAGACCUAGUAAGGGUGGGAGAUGACCUCCCCUGCAGGACAUUAGUCAAUCAGAUGGGUUCUUUAGGACAGUCCCCAGUGGUUUUCAUGGUCUUCAUUGGACUUUUUAAUUCCAAAAUUCAAAUUCGUCACCAUCUGACAUGGUGGGAUUCAAACCCAGGUCCCCCAGGACUUUGCUCUGGGUACCUGGAUCAUUUAUCACAUAUACCAUUGCAUCAUCACUUCUGCCGUCACUGAGGCAAGGUCUUAACUGGAAAUGUUGACCACCCUUUUUUCCUCCACAGAUGCUGAUUGACCCCUCCCCCCCACCCCCGAGUUCCUGCAGCAGUUUCUUUGUGUCUUGUGUUAAUUGGACUGAUUCUCCCAAUGCAGUGAAACUCCAAUUGUUGGAAAAUGUUUUGGUAUCUGGCUUGGUAUUAGUCUGGAGUGUAAGUGUGGUAUCUGGCUGGGGUCUGUACCGACGGCAGGGUAUCCGCUCAGAAUCUGGGUUGGGUUUGGUAAUGUCGGGGUGAGUCUGGAACAUGGAGGGGGGGGGGGGGUGGUUUGCUGCUAGUGCCCGGGUCAUUUGUUUUGACAAGCUGAAACUCACAGGGACCCUUUUCCCACGUUCCCUUUAAACUGGCCAGGCUCACUGGAAAAUUCAUUAUACUACUGUGUAAUAUAUAAAAAAGUGAACAGAAACUGUUGGGUAUUAAUGUGAGGAACAUGCAAUAGUCCAGAAAAUCUGCCAGUCUGGUGCACUAAGUACGUGAGAGUGCCAGAUUAUUGAGGGUGUUAUUGUCCGUGGGGAGCACAGGACUUGGGGGUGCCACGUUUCAAAAAAGAAAUCCUUAAACCAAAGCCCCAUCUGCCAUCAUGGGUGUUCAUACUCAACCAGUGUUACUAAUAAGCAGAUGAUCUGCCCAUUGUUACGUUGAUGUUUCUGGGAGGGUGCCAAGUACAAGCAGGGCUUUCCAUUUCCCCAUCCUAUUGGGUCAGCCUUCCCCAUUUGGAUCAUAGCUUCUCGGAGAUGGGACUGUCCACUUUGGGCCAGAGAGUACAUAUCUCCCUUGGGCCACCUCUGUAAAAACACCCUGGGGUGAGAGGUUGUAGCCAAGAGGUCACUGGGCUUUCUCGGUGAACAUCAGUGAAUCUCAGUCCCGAUGCCCAGGUCCUGCAGUCUGAUGUAGAACAAUAAUCAAGACCUUGUGGGGAUUUGGAGGGUGGAAAGUUGGUGAAGUUAAAAGAAUCAGUGGUCAAACUGGGUGUCCCUCUGACUCCAGUCUUGGCUUUAAGGAUGAGUAGGAAGGUAGUGGGAAGCAGCUACAGGCCACUGUGGUGCAGCAGGUAGUGUAGCUGCCUUGUGGCUCCAGAGACCCGGGUUCAAUCCUGCCUUUGGCUGCUUUCUUCUCUGGAGUUUGCACAUUCUCCCUGUGACUAGGUUUCCCGAGUGCUCCGGUUUCCUCCCACAUCCCCAAAAGAGGAGCGAGUGAGUUAAUUGGCUGCUGUAAAUUGCCCCUUAAGUGUAGGUAGAGGCAAAAAAAGAAUCAAAGGGGAGUUGAUGGGUGUGUGAGAAAGAGGGUAUGGAUUGCAGAGGUACAGGGAAAUAACGGGGGGGAAGUUACACCGCUGGGUGCCAACAUGGGCCCAGUGGCCUCCUGUAUUAUAUUAGGGAACCCCUGUCCCAGCAAUGAUUCUGUGUUGGCCCAGCAGUAAGCGCCUGGUACCAUAACUCUUGGCUGUUACCUGGUCUUGUUGGCAGAUGGGAGCUGAUGGUUUGAAACCAAGAGCAGUUUUAUGUUGCACUGACUGGAAAAAAAGUUUUUUAAAAAAAUUGUUCAUAGACCAUGUCUUGUAAAUAAAUUGUUGAUUGGAGAGUCUUGAAGUUUAUCUGAUUAAAAUAUUAAAUAUUA